AUGUCUUCUCGCGCACUGUUCUUCAUCUCGACCCUCGCGGUGGCUCAACGCGCGGCUGCUCACGGAUACCUGGGAAGCGUAGCGAUCGACGGCACGACCUACACAGGUCCUACGCCCUCUGCCAACCCGAAUGCUGCGAAGAGCACGAGUGUCAUCCGACAGGUGGCUGAUAUUAGUCCUGUACAAGGCGCAAGCAACGAUGAUCUGAGAUGUGGGCUGAGUGCCGCAGCGGCCAGUCAAGAAGCAGAUGCAAAGCCGGGGAGCACUGUGGAGUAUUGGUGGUCUGGAGGAGGGGGACAGAAUUGGCCACACAACACGGGGCCCGUCAUAACAUACAUGGCCGAGUGCACGGGCACGAGCGACUGCACGACAUUUGAUCCCACGAACGCGGAAUGGUUCAAGAUCGACCAAAUUGGGGAGUCAUCUGCCGGGACUUGGUAUCAGGCUGUAUUUAUGCAGAAGCAAUCGCUCAAGCUAACGAUACCCACGAACCUACCUUCCGGUCACUAUCUCUUCCGCAAUGAGAUCAUCGCUUUGCACAAUGCCGUUUCGGAGGGUGGCGCAGAGUUCUACCCGGCAUGUGUACAACUUAAUGUCCAGAGCGGCAGCGGCAUCACCACCCCAAGCCCCACCGUCAAGUUUCCUGGUGCCUACAGCGAUACUGAUCCAGGUAUCUACGUGCCAGAGAUUUACAACGACGACUUGCAAUACGUCUUCCCCGGUGGACCUGUAAGCAACAUGGCAUCAGCCAGCGACUCGAGCGGAAGCCCUCCUGCGGAUGAGAACGCCAGCACGAGCAGUGGUGACGGCUCUGGCGCCGUUGCAUCUGGUUCAGCAACAAUCCCUACCGCUACUGCCUCAGGCUCAUCGGGCUCUGCGUCCGCGGCGCCAACGACAUCCGCUGGAUCGAGCGGUAUCGGCUCUGGCUCCUCAUCAACAGACACCUCAGUCUGCAAGCUCGUCAAACGCUCUACAUCUCAGAGUUUACGCAAACGCAGCGCUGACGUGGAGAAGCGCUGGCCGGGUCUGGACGAUAUGAAGCAGGGACUGAAGGAAGUCAGGCGGUGGAAGCUCGGACACUGGGCGCGGAUGAAGGCUCGUGGGAUGAUGAGCUGGUGA